AUGCGCAUAUUUAGGACGCUGGAUGAGGCCCAACCUCAAGAACAAGAUGGAUUCCGUCAGGAGAUUAGCUGCUUGGACCACAUCCAGACCGUGUCGAAGGUCAAAGAGGUUAGCCGGGAAUGGCGCCUGCCCCUUGUUCUAACCUUCGUCGACUAUGAGAAAGCCUUCGACAGCGUAGAAACGAAUGCAGAACUGUCAGCGCUGGUCGAUCAAGGUGUGGACGCGUCGUACGUGAGGAUAUUAGCCAAUUGCUACGAUCGAUGCACCACUAAGAUACAGCUUCUCCUCCGCUUUCUCACCAUACCCAUUGGAAAGGAGGUAUGA